AUGGAAGUCGCUUCCUUAAUUGUAUCCCCUCUUCUGCAGGUGAUCUAUGAGAAUAUGGCUUCUUAUCUCAGCACCGUGGAAACUUCUAAAGAUCAAAAGAAGAAUAUCAAGAAGUUACAAGAAAAGCUGCUAAUCAUUCAAGCUGUAAUCGAAGAUGCAGAGGAGAGACAACUGAAGGAUAAGAACGUGAAGAUUUGGCUAUCAAAGCUUAGGGAUGUGGCUUACGAUGCGGAUAAUCUCCUGGAUGAAAUCACCACUCAAGUUUUGCGGAGACAGUUGGUAAAGGGAAAAGGAAAGAUGGUGAUGGAAAAUCCAGUAAAAAACAAGUUUAGAAGAAUUGGGGCAUCGAUAUAUGAAGAAACUCGAAAGCAGGUUCGGGUCACUUCUUUCACUCUUAAGUCAAUCUUAAGUAGCUUUGAAAUGUCACGUAGGCUGACAGAGAUUGUUGAAAGAUUGGACGAAAUAGCUAGAGAGAUGUCUACCUUCCAUUUCAAGGAAGCUGUAGCUUAUAAAAGAUCAGAUACUAUGGAGAAGCGGGAAACUGGAUCGUACUUGGAGGAAUUAGAAGUUUUUGGUCGAACAGAAGACGUGAAGAAGAUUGUUGAUUUGUUGUUAUCAUCCGAUGCUGAUAGUUGGGUGAUUCCAAUAGUCGGGAUUGGGGGAAUUGGGAAGACGACACUCGCUCAAUUGAUUUACAAUGAUCAGAGUCUGGAUGGACACUUUGAUAAGAAAAUUUGGGUUUCUUUGUAUGACAAUUUCAACACAAAGAAGCUUCUUAGUGAAAUUUUGGAGUGUGUGACUGAGCAGAGGUGUGAAUCCUCCGUGAUGAGUGUUCUGCAAUCCCAAUUCCGAGACUCAUUAUACGGCAAGAGAUAUCUACUUGUGAUGGAUGACGUGUGGAAUGAUGUUCAAGAAGAGUGGGAUAAAGUACGGAACCUGUUAAGAUGUGGAGCUGAAGGAAGCAAAAUUAUAGUCACCACCAGGAGUGAAGAAGUUGCUUCUGCAAUGAGUAGUACUCCUCCCCACCAUUUGGAAGCCCUAACCAAAGAUGACUGUUGGACCCUAUUCAAGCUCCAUGCCUUUGCAUAUGGGGAAGAAGAUUCCUAG